GGAACACAGCCACAGUGCCGAACCACAACAAGGAAGCGCGUGCCGUCCGCCGCGUAUGAAUGAAUGUAGCGUUAGCUACAGCUGUUAAACUGGGGGUUUAAUAAGCCAAAGAAUAGAGAAAGAUGAGUUUAAUAAGUUCACAGUUUCGCUGCAGGAACAGACCUUUAGUUCUCGCUGCUCUCAGUGUGAUUAUGUUCCGCGCGUCGUUUUGUAAGAACACGAAACCGUCGGUACCAGCGAUCGCGACUUACUUUGGGACCAAAUGUAGAUACGAGGAAGUGAAUCCGCAGUUAAGAGAGGAUAUUUUAUAUGUGAACGAGACUCUAAUGGCACCGCCGUCCCCAGACUGCCGCGCAGUCCACCUGGUGGCAGUGAUCAGACACGGAACUCGAUAUCCUACAGUUAAGAACAUUAAGAGGAUGGCCCGGCUGUAUGAGCUGAUCAGGACUGAGGCCACAGGCUCUGACUGGUGGCUGAGCUACAUUCAGAGAGAGUGGAGGAUGUGGUACACUGAGGAUAUGGACGGUAAACUGGUGAAGAAAGGCAAGAACGACCACAGACAUCUGGCUGUGCGGUUGGCCAAGUCAUUUCCAGGCCUGAUUUCAAAGAAGAACCUUGUUGGAGACCGCAUUGAGUUUAUGACCAGCUCUAAACACAGAUGUGUGGACAGUAUCAAGGCUUUUCAGGAGGGACUCCAUAAGCACUGGGAUCUGAAAGGCAUGGAGUUCAAACACUAUGUGAAUGAUUCGCUGAUGAGAUUUUUCGACCAGUGCAAAAAAUUUGUUGAAACUGUUGAGAACAAUAAGACCGCUUUGAAGGAGGUUGAAAUUUUCAAGUCAUCAAAGGAGAUGCACGAAGUCCGGAUGAGGAUGGCCAACCGCUUGAAGAUUCCAUACAGCGAAAUAACCUCAGAAAUGGUUGAAGCUGCUUUUUUCCUGUGCGCUUAUGAGUUUGCAAUUAAAUCUGAGAAUACCGCAUGGUGCAAUCUUCUGGAUGAAACAGACGCUGAAGUGAUUGAAUAUAAAAAUGAUCUGAAGCAGUACUGGAAAAGAGGAUAUGGCCAUGAAAUUAACAGCAAAUCGAGCUGUGCCCUCUUUCAUGACCUCUUUAGACGACUUGACCAGGCUUCCUAUGACUACAGGUUCGGAGAACUGACUAAGGCAGUCACCAUCCAGGUUGGUCAUGCUGAGACUUUGCUGCCUCUGCUGUCUCUGAUGGGUUUUUUCAGGGAUGAAACUCCACUGACUGCAGAGAACUUCUCACAGCAGCAUGGACGCAAGUUUCGCACCAGUGGAAUAGUGCCUUACGCAGCAAACCUGCUGUUUGUCCUGUACGAGUGUAGCGACGGCUUCAGACUGCAGUUCUACCUGAACGAGAAGCCGAUGUUUUUUCCUAACAUAAAUCACCCAGCUCCACUGUACCAAACAAUCAGGAACCAGUACUCUUAUCUCCUAGAUGGCUGUGAUUUUAAGAAGGAAUGUGAACUGCCUAAAGUCACGCUCAAGAACACAGAACUGUAACUAUGGUGGGGGUCGGUGCAGCCCUGGGGCUGAAGGUUUCAGUGGAUUCAGUGUGAGUUUGCACUAAAAGAAAUAGAUAAAGACUCGCAUUUUAGAUUGUUAAUUGUUUCUUUUUUUACUUCUAGUGUGUGUGAUUGGCUGACCAAAUAAGUUUUUUUAACUAGUUUUUUUAUUUAUUUUUUUCUUUUGGUUAAAAGUGUCAUCAUGGGAUAGAAAUUUUCUACAGAUUUGCCAAAUAUCAAAUUGCCAAAAGUGACGGUUGGACCCCUUUUGUAAAGCCUAAUGGACUUUUCUUAAGUGACGUCCUUUUUUAAAAUUAUAAUAAAAAGAUUCUUUUCCACA